AUGACACAGAAUCCAGCUCUCAACUCCACCUUUGAGGGCCUGAAUCUGUCCACUUUCUCCAGACUUCAGGAGAACCCAUCGCCCCAACAGAACAUCACCUAUGUCAAUUUCUACCUCCACAAGGCCUCUGUGGCUGCCAUCUUCACCAUCUCCUACCUGCUCAUUUUCUUGGUUUGCAUGGUAGGAAACGGGAUGGUUUGUUUCAUCGUGCUGCGCAGCAAGAACAUGCGCACAGUCACCAACCUGUUCAUCCUCAACCUCGCCAUCAGCGACCUGCUGGUUGGCAUCUUCUGCAUGCCAACUACGCUAGUGGACAACAUCAUAACAGGUCAGAACCUACAGGCUUUUGUAGGUGUUUGAUUGGUUUUCACUUUAAAGUUGAUUUAUUGAGUUUUUUGUUUUAGUUUGAUGAUGAAAUAUUAAAGGUAUAUUCCGGCGUAAAAUUAAUUUAGGGUCAAACACACCAUAACACCAAGUUAGACAACCCCUCAAGAGAUGAAUGUUGCUGACCGCUUGCUUCUCUAGUGAUACCAACUUAAGUAACAACCGCAGGAUAGCAAUACACAGCAGUCUGAGGAGCCAUCAACAAACCUCAACCAAAACGCCACUCUAUAGCCACAAAUAAUGUUCAGAACAGCACCUAACUUCAUCAACAGUACAUAUAGGGUCCUAGCCAUAGCACUAGCCACCAAACAUCUUUUUAGCUUUGCCUGAUUUCUUUAGCAAAGAGACUAAACACAACUCACCUACUCUCUUCCAGCAGCCGCUUGUUUGUAGCGAGACCUCAGGCCAGUCCAUCAUUGACUGCAGCGGGGUGACGCAGCUCAAGGAAGAACAUUUAUGAACCUUUUUUUAUCAUUUCCUUGAUGUAAUAAUCAUCAUAUUAAUUAUUUUGCACUGCAGACACGGUAGUUCUUCUGCCUUCACGUCUUGGUCUGAUUGCAUUUCCAUGAAGAAAUGAUAAGAGAGUAGGUGAGUUGAGUUUAGUUUCUUUGCUAAAGAAAUCAGGCAAAGUUAAAAAGAUGUUUGGUGGCUAGUGCUGUGGCUAGGACCCUAUUUGUAUUGAAGUUAGGUGCUGUUCUGAGCAUUAUUUGUGGCUACAGAGUGGCGUUUCUGGUUGAGGUUUGUUUAUGGCUCCUGAGACCACUGUGCAUUGCUAAUGUGCUGUCGUUACUAAAUUUGGUGUAACUAGAGAAGCAAGCGGUCGGCAACAUUCAUCUCUCAAGGGGUUGUCUAAUUUGGUGUUACAGUGUGUUUGACCCUAAAUUAAUUUUAUGCUGGAAUAUCCCUUUAAUAUGUUCUUCUGAGGUAAGGGCCAAGGAUUCAACCUCUUGAGACACAAUCAGAUAGUAGAGUGGGCAUGUAAGGUCAUGGAGGUCAUGUAUGAUGAUGUUUUGUUUUUGGUUGAACACACCUCAAAGACAGCAACUUCACAGUUUUUCCUAACUGUUUUUUCUCUUUCCUGCAGGUUGGCCAUUCGGCAGCGUCCUGUGCAAGCUAAGUGGCAUGGUUCAAGGGAUAUCAGUGUCAGCAUCCGUGUUCACCCUGGUUGCAAUUGCUGUUGACAGGUAAGACUUUAGGUAGUUACUGUUGAUGAUGGGCUUGUGAGGGCGUGUUACAUCCCAAAAGACUUCCUGUACUUUAUUUAUUCCCACUCAAUCCCUGUGUGUCAGGUUCCGCUGCAUCGUCUACCCUUUCAAGCAGAAGCUGACCAUCCCCAUUUCAAAGCUCAUUAUUGUGGUCAUCUGGGUCCUGGCUGUGUCCAUCAUGUGUCCCUCUGGAGUGAUGCUGCAGGUCACUAAGGAGCACAGGGUGAGAAUUGUCCUUGGCGGCAACGACACCCGGCCUUUCUACUGGUGCCGGGAAAACUGGCCAAAUCAAGAGAUGAGGAAAGUCUACACCACUGUCCUCUUUGCUAACAUCUACCUUGCUCCUCUUAGCCUAAUUGUCAUCAUGUACGCUCGUAUUGGCUUCACCCUGUCCAAGACUACGAUUCCCACAAUGCGGGGGACUGACUCUUUGUCAGAAAAGGGCAUUGGCAACAACAAACCAAACGUGGAGGGUCGUCAAACAAUUUCAAAGAAGAAGACUCGUGUGAUCAUGAUGCUACUGGUCGUGGCUUUGCUCUUCAUCUUGUCCUGGCUUCCUCUAUGGACAUUGAUGAUGCUGAGCGACUAUGCCAGCUUGACCGAGCACCAGUACCGUGUCAUUAACAUCUACGUGUAUCCCUUCGCUCACUGGUUGGCCUUCUUUAACAGCAGCGUCAAUCCCAUCAUCUACGGAUUCUUCAAUGAGAAUUUCCGCAGAGGCUUCCAGGCUGCUUUUAAAUUCCAGCUGUGCACGAUCGGCAUCGAGCACCAGAGGUCCUACUCCCACCGCUUCCGAGGAAACGCUGUGCUCCCGUUCCAGUCCCCAGCAUUGAAUAGGUCAGGGUCAAGAGGUGGAUCAGCCCUCUUGAGGAAUGGGAAGUGCUCAGGUCAGGAAGGACGGCACUCGAGUGGUAAAAAUGAUGUCAAAGGACAGGAUCUGAUCAUGGAGGACCUUGAACAGGUGUCCCAGAUUUAG